UAGAGCCUGAUAUGAGACAGCACUGUGUCCACACUGUGAGCACACUGCAUACAAAACUGUUUAAGGGCAGCUGCAGUACCUACUGAAAGUAAAAAGAAAGUCUGCGCUUCAGAACACACCCAGUGUUUGUCUCUGCUCCAUUACAGCUCUGGAAAUCAAAAAGGAAGUGAUUGUCGCCAUAUUGUAGCUGUUGGGUGAAGGAAUGUUUGGAGGGUUGGGAAAAACGCGCUUCGGGGCUGGAUUUUAGGGCCACCUCUCAGCGGUGCUUCCUCUCCUGUGGCGCAGUUGUUUUUCCCACUUAAAGAAUAAAUACAGAGAGCAAAGUUUCCUGCAGACCCAUGGCGUCCCCCAGGCCCUCAAGGUCAAACAGUUUCGUCCCAGAUAUCAAAGAAGGAUCUGUUCACAACACCACAGCAAAAAGCAGAGAGGGCUCUGACUCAAACGUGUCCUUCAAGGAUGAUCGGUUAAAAGAGAACAUCCUCAAUUUCAAUGACAGAUCCCCUUGCAAGAAUUUACGGAGAGCAAUGGAAAGCAGAGGGUCCUGUGAAUCUGGUGUGUCCGUCAAGAGUGAUCGGUUUCAUUUCAUCCCUGAUUACAGAGACAGAUCCCCUCUCAAAUUGAUAAACCACGAGUGCUCCCCCGCUAGGUCAACAAGACCCAUCCUUAAUAAUCAAGAGAGAUCAUCACACAGAUCCCUUGUAGAAGAGUCACCUUCCGCAGGCAUCAGCUGUGCGUCAGUCAAGAGGGAUAAUUCACAAGGUCGCAUUGCAAAUGUUAAAGACACACUCCCCGCUCCUAAAGAGAAGUCGGACUUUUGUAUCUUCAAGGACCAUGUGUCAGAUGAUGAAGAUUUGGUCAAGUCUUCAGACGAUCAAACCAGUGUGAAAAGUGGAGAGCUCUCUGACUCCAGCUUGUCCUUCAAGAGUGAUCGGUCAAAAGACUAUAUCACUAAUUUCAACAACACAUCUCCCCCCAGCAGCCAAGACCUUUCUACCUCAGAGCUGGAGGACCUUGACCAUAAUGAAGAAUCGGACGAGUCUUCAGAUGAUGAUCUGGAAAAGACGGUCGUGGAGCGUGGUGUCUGAAGGUGGAUGGAAACAUCGUUGAGCAGCUACUUCUACUGAUCUUUUGAUAAAUCUGACUGCAGCUGCUGCUUCCACCUGUCGUUACCCUGCAUCGCUAUUCUACGCAUAAUGAUUUAUACCACUGUGCUUCAAGCUUCGCAGAUUUUUUAGCUCAGAUCAUUAAUUUGGCCUGUGAUAUGUGUAUAUAUAUGUAUUUUUAUACUUUUAUACAUUUCAAUCACUGAAUCCUUCAAAUCAGUGAAUAAUAAAAUAAUGCUAAUUUAA